AUGGCGGAAAGCAGCAGACUCGUUGCAGCUCCCCCGGCGGCGACCGCCGCCGCUGCUCCGAAGGUACGUUCCGAUGGCGAGGGCGGGGACGGCACCUCCACCGACACUAUCAUGAACAUUGUCAACAUCGCUUUCGGGGCGGGAAUGCUCGGGCUUCCCUACGCCAUCCAAGGCAGCGGAUUGGUGUCGGGGACCUUUGGCUUGGGCAUCGUGUUGCUCUGGAACUUUUUCUGCUGCUCCCUGCUGGUGAAGUUGAGGAAGGAGGUCCUGAUUGCUAGGGCCGAGGCGGAAAAGGGUACUUCGCUUUCCGCGGACUUGGGCACACCGGUGUCGUUUGCAGCUAUCGGCAGCUACGCCAUGGGCUCUGUGGGGACGAUACUCGUGUACAUCAGCGUGGUGGUGACACUUUUGGGUGCAGCCACGGCGUACUUCAUCAACGCUAACGAGCUCUUGAGGGCGACUCACUUUUACCUCAACCCGGGAUGGUCGGAGGAGACGGCUAUGUACGUGAACACGUUCAUCUACAUGUGCCUCAUGUACCCGCUCACGUGCAUCAAGUCCUUAGCGCCUCUGUCGAGGCUAUCGUUGCCGGCUAUCGUCGCCCUUGUCGCCGGGUUUGCCGUCAUCAUCAAGCUGGGCUUGGAGAUGUACGGCUGGCCGCCGAUGGAGGAGGUCCUCUCGUGGGACGCUUUGUACAUCCCCCAGACUUUCGACGGUUUCAGCACGUUCUUCGGAGUGGCGGCGUUCUCCUACGGGGCAACGAUCAUCAUCCCCGAAAUCCAGGAAUCGAUGGCGAACACCGAAGAGUUUAUCGGCGCCCUCAAGACCUCCCUCUGGAUCAUCUGGAGUUCCUACUCCGUGCUCGGUGGGGUAGCUCUGCUCAUUUUCCAGCAGGACGGCCCCGUCUCCGACAACAUCAUGAGCCAGCUGCCGAGCGACUCUCUCGCCCAAGAGCCUCUUCUUCUUUUCAUCACGAUGGCGACGCUCUUCACGUACCCUUUGGCGAUGCAGCCUGUCUCCUCGAUCUUCGAGCAGGCCCUCAUCAAGGCCGGCUUCGGUCAGGCUUCCGCCCGGGUCGGCGGCGACGACCAGAGGUACGGCGCCCUCACCGCGGCGGAGACAGGAACGGACCCGCGGUCCCCCAAGGAGGAGGACGGAGAGAGCCACUCGUCGGGCGAGCUAUCUCCGGCGCUGAGGUACGGGCUCCGCGCCGCCCUCGUUCUCUUCACCGGGGUCUGCGCGACGAUCGUGCCCAACUUCGGCGUGGUCAUCACCCUCCUGGGGUCGUUCUCCGUGACCCUGGGAUCCUUCGUCCUGCCGCCCCUGUUCCACCGCGUCGUGUUCGGGGAGAGGCUGUCUAGCGCCGAGAAGACCGCCGAUGAGGUGCUCUGCUUCGUCGGUGCCGUGACCUGCGUGUUCACGACUACCACCACCGCGCUGGGGGUGCUCCGGGGCGAGUAAGAGAGAAGCACGUUCGUUGGUUCUUUCUUGCUUCCGAAGCAUGUUGGCUGGUUCUUUUCUGCUCCGUUUUUUCGUCGGCAGUGCGUGGUCGGUCGCUCCUGUCCGUCUUUUUUUUAAGAGGAUUUUUUUUUUGUGUGUUUGGUUGUUGUGUUUUUGGCGACAACAAGUUUUGCCAUACUUGGCAUGGAACAGUGGCUGUGGUAGGGCUUUGUUUUGGAAGUGCCACAUGUAGUUCGGAGUCGUUUACCCUUAUGUUAUCGAAUCUACCUUGGGUGUUACUGUUGUUUUUACUGCCCGAUCUUACUUGUGAAGGUUGGCGGGGGAGGAGAAAAGGCACAACUGGCGUGCACCAGUUUGAUAGGGUGAAUUAAUUUGAAACCUACGGUAUUAUUUAAUUCUUAGUAGGUGUUUGCGCAAACAUUUGGUAGGGUGGAUAAAAUGGACACGUGGGUGUGGGUCUGGCUCCUCUUUGGACGGAACGGGGCGCUGUAACUUUCUUCUCCCUUCAUAACCCGCGCGGUAGAGUGCACUGAAGACCGUCUAGACCGCACGUUUGUGUUUGAUUGCGGUUCUCGUGUGAUUGUGUUGCUCUUUGCGUGAGUGUGUGUGCAUGUGUCGAGAGUGUUUAUGUUGAGAAGAGAGUCGUGCCAAGUUUUUUGCAUAACGUUGGGAACGAGAUUUGGUGUAUCAGUUUGUACGUACUGCGAGCGCAUUUGUCACGCACAUGGUUGUUUUCCAUUCCACACCCACACGCUGCUGCUGGCUGUAUUGAGCUUCCCUCAGCGAACGAACACUUGACGAAUGAAUGCGUUUGUAUCUCCAGCGGCAAACAUGUGCAUGUUUGCGUUGAUUCAUGGUUUUAUUUUUUCUGGCGGUCGAUGCGUUUCCUGCUGCGAACGCGCGCGGUAAAGCGCCGCGCUAGACGUGGCACGAUUGUAGCACAAACAGGAGAUUGUAAACAUUUAUCGAACGUC